CUCAAUAUCAUCCUCCUUGGAGAGACGAGGUAAGAUGGCGUGAGCAGCCGCUCUUGGCUUAACUCUAGGUUCUUCUAGUCGGUUCAGCUGUUGUUGCAGGAGUUCUAUGGUUGUCCGCUGUGCCGUGAUCAAUUGUUGUAGUAGGGCGUUAUCCAUUGUUCUUGAAUGGUUCCUCCGGGUCUACUGGAAGAAUCUUGAUUUACUCACUUAUCCUUGUGUCACUCGUCCACCUAAUACCCGCAUCCUCCACCAAUGUGAGCGUACCAAGUAAUUAGGCGUCACUCUAAAGCGGGAAGGUGGAAUAAACGAGUCAGGAAAAAGGUUUUUCUGAUUGAACACGGUUCUCUAUUGAGAGUAUUUUGUCAACAAAAACAUUCAAACAUAAUCAAUGAAAAAUCUUCCAAGGAAAAACACACAUCUUCUUCUCCAGAUGAAACAAGAACACAAUAGGAUAAUCUUUAAACUACAACAAACAUAAAUCACGGUUUUGUCACCGUCUUAGUGGUUCUUUCAGCACAGCUUCUCUCUCUCGGUGGCCAUCUUCCAGAGAUAGUUUCCCCCUCUCUCUUCUGGUUCCAUUCUCUCUUUUAUAGGGGAAGGAGAGUAUCUCAUUAGUACCGUCAGCUGUGCUUAAUUGACUCUGGUUACCUUGUCUCCCAGGCUCUGUUGGGCAACUAUCCAUGAGCCCAGCCUGCCCUCUAGUGGUCCGUCCACAGUAAGUAGAAGCAUAAGUGUUAACUUACUCCAAUUAGAGCAGGUGUGGUAGGGUUAGGGUAAAAUAAAAGGAAUAUACACUACAUGACUAAAAGCAUGUGGACACCUGCUCAAACAUCUCGUUCCAAAAUCAUGGGCAUUAAUAUGGAAUUGGUCCCACCUUUGCUGCUAUAACAGCCUCCACUCUUCUGGGAAAGAUUUCCACUAGAUGUUGGAACGUUGUGGAGACUUGCUUCCAUUCAUCCACAAGAGCAUUAGUGAGGUCAGGCACUAAUGUUGGGCGAUUAGGCCUAGCUCGUCAGCAGUCCAAUUCAUCCCAAAGGUGUUCGAUGGGGUUGAGGUCAGGGCUUUGUGUAGGCCAGUAAAGUUCUUUCACACCAAUCUCAAACCAUUUCUGUAUGGACCUCGCUUUGUGCACGGGGCAUUGUCAUUCUGAAACAGGGAAGGGCUUUCCCCAAACUGUUGCCACAAAGUUGGAAGCACAGAAUUGUCUAGCAUGUCAUUGUAUGCUGUAGCAUUAAGAUUUCCCGUCACUGGAACUAAGGGGCCGAGCCCGAACCAUGAAAAACAGCCCCAGACCAUUAUUCCUCCACAAAACUUCACAGUUGGGACUAUGCAUUGGGGCAGGUAGCAUUCUCCUGGCAUCCACCAAACCUAGAUUCAUCCGUCGGGUGGAGCAUGAUGCCGGGUGGAGCAUGGGUGGAGCAUGAUUCAUCACUCCAAAGAACGCCUAUGGCGGUGAGCUUUACCACUCCAGCCAACGCUUGCAAUUGCGCAUGGUGAUCUUAGGCUUGUGUGGCUGCUCGGCCAUGGAAACCCAUUUCAUGAAACUCCCGAACAGUAAUGCUGGUGUGACAUCAUGGAAUUCAAAUUAUGCGAGGGAGAAAAGAGAAACUCCACUUCGGAGAAAAAGACGACCAGAUGCUCCCAGACUAUGAGAGAAAACGGUCAGAUGAAGAAAAAGCAACUGGAGUAGCAAUGUUCUCUGGGGUGAUCCAUGACUCCGUCAGGGCCAAAAAGUCAAAGACUGAAGAGCAGCAUAGACAUUCUUGACCACAGAGCAGCAGUUCUAAACGUUGCCAGAGACCCGGAAUUCCACAAGGGUUGUGCGCACAAGGUACACUAAAUUAGAAAGGUUGCAGCCAAGGUACGAGGAGCGUCUGUGAAGCCUAAAGGGAGAGGUGCAAACAGGUAUAGAAAACACACAGUUGACAAAGCUACAAAGAGAGUGGUGUGGAGCUUCUGCUCUUUCCUUCCUCGAAACAACUCUGUCUUAGUUUUGCAACAAAACCGCCACUGACAUGACCACCGUUUACAGUUGCCUCUGAAACCAGGGGAGACUGAAAAACGAACACUAAUUGCUAAUUGCCUAGCAGAGGUGGAGAGCACGCCUACCUGUACUAAUUGCUGAUUGCCUAGCAGAGGUGAAACCAUUCGCCCCCCAAUACAGCCAUUGAUUACCAAAACAAGUCACAAAUUGCCCAGCCCCUACAUACGGGUUAUUACUUCAAAUGUAUCAAUUGAAAGUGCGUGUUCACAGCUCCAAUCCACAUGUGUUGGUCAUUACUGAGACAUGGUUAUUAAGAAAGAGUAUUUUGAACACUGAUGUUAACCUUUCUGAUUAUAACCUUAUUUGGCAAGACAAAUCUUCCAAAUAUUGUGGAGUGACAAUCUUUACCAAGGAACACCUUCAGCGCAGGGUUGUCUCCACCAAGUCUGUCCUCUAAAAAUUUGAUUUGCUGGUUUUAUGCAUUAGGCUUUCAAAUAACUCUUUGUUGACUGUUGCUGGGUGUUAUCGGCCACCAUCAGCACCGGCUUCAACCCUAAAUGUCCUAAGCUCUCCUUUGGCACCUUACACUAAAUCUGAAUUUCACCUGAAUCUAUGUGACCUAAACUGGGACAUGCUUAAACCACCUGACCAAGUCCUAAAGCAAUACGACUCUCUAAAUCUUUCUCAGAUUAUUACCAAUCCUACAAGGUAUGAAACCCAGAAAAGGCAACUCUCCUUGAUGUUAUCCUUACAAUUAAUCCUGAUAUGUAUCAGUCUGGUGUUUUCUUUAAUGGCCUUAGUAAUCACUGUUUUACAGCCUAAUGGCUGCUCAGUGAAACAACCUGUCUUGACUUGUCAUAGAGGCUUGCUAAAAAACUUUAAUGAACAAGCCUUCCUUCAUGUUCUUGCCUCUGUAAUAUAGGUAUAGAAUCAGUUUGAUCUCCUCUGUCGAAGACACUUGGACCUUCUUUUUUGAUAUUUUCAGUGGUAUUGUUUAACAAAUGCGCCCGGGGUCAGUCUGUUAUAUCUGGAGUACUUCUCCUGUCUUAUUCGGUGUCCUGUGUGAAUUUAAGUAUGCUCUCUCUAAUUCUCUCUUUCUCUCUUUCUUUCUCUCUCUCGGAGGACCUGAGCCCUAGGACCAUGCCUCAGGACUACCUGGCAUGAUGACUCCUUGCUGUCCCCAGUCCACUGCUGCGGCUAUGGAACCCUGACCUGUUCACCGGACAUGCUACUUGUCCCAGACCUGCUGUUUUCAACUCUCUAGAGACAGCAGGAGCGGUAGAGAUACUCUUAAUGAUCGGCUAUGAAAAGCCAACUGACAUUUUCUCCUGAGGUGCUGACUUGUUGCACCCUCGACAACUACUGUGAUUAUUAUUAUUUGACCAUGCUGGUCAUUUAUGAACAUUUCAACAUCUUGGCCAUGUUCUGUUAUAAUCUCCACCCGGCACAGCCAAAAGAGGACUGGCCACCCCUCAUAGCCUGGUUCCUCUCUAGGUUUCUUCCUAGGUUUUGGUCUUUCUAGGGAGUUUUUCCUAGCCACCAUGCUUCUACACCUGCAUUGCUUGCUGUUUGGGGUUUUAGGCUGGGUUUCUGUACAGCACUUUGAGAUAUCAGCUGAUGUAAGAAGGGCUAUAUAAAUCGAUUUGAUUUGAUUUGAUAAAGAAAAUGAGAAUUAAAAACAGGUUCAGCCACCUGACUCGACCGUGAUCUGGCAGUUACUCCACCUCAAUAAUUCCAUUUGGCAAAUCGCUUGGCACACACAUACUCAGGCUGACUGGCUCUUGUUCAGGCAAAUGAGAAAUAAGUGCACUCAGGCUAUCCGGAAGGCCAAAGUUAGUCACUUUAAGGAACAGUUCUCUCUCUGUGAGUCAAACCCCACAAAGUUCUGGAAAACAGUUAAAUACCUGGAGAAUAAACUCUCCUCCUCACAGCUGCCCAAGUUGCUCUAAUGUGGCUAUCCCCAAUACUCCUCCUCUCUCUUCCCCUGCCUCGUUACAAAGUUUAUCCCUGCAGGCGGUCACUGAGUCUGAGGUGCUAAAGGAGAUCCUUGAACUUGACCCCAAAAAACAUCUGGUGCAGAUGGUUUAGGCCCUAUCUUCUUUAAGGUUGCUGCCCCUAUCAUCCUCAAGCCUAUCUCUGACCUUUUUAACCUGUCUCUUCUCUCAGGAAGCUGUUGGCGCAGAUAGAGAUGGCAGCUUCGCUUCAAAUCCUUAGGAAACUGUACAGUAUUGUUUUUUUAUGUAUUAUUUCUUACAUUGUUAGCCCGGAAAACCUUAAGUGUUAUUACAUACAGCCAGGAAGAACUAUUGGAUAUCAGAGAGACGUAAACAUACCAGCACAACCAGCAUUACAACCAGGAAUACGAUUUUCCCAAAGUAGAUCCUUCGUCUGCACCUUCCAGGGCAUUUGAACUGAUUCCAGAGGCCAACCCAAAACAACACAGUCGGAGGAGAGGGUGCUGGAGGAGAGGGUGCCGGAGCAGUCUUCUAGUGAGGCUUCGGAUGCGUGCACACCACCCACUGCUUCUGAGUAUAUUACUUGCUAAUGUCCAGUCUCUAGUUAACAAAGUAGGCGAAAUUAGGGAAAGAGUUGCUUUCCAAAUAGAUAUCCAGGACUGUAACAUACUCUGUUUCCCGGAGACAUGGCUAGCCGGGGACAUGCUGUCGGAGUCCGUACAGCCAACGGAUUUUCAGUGCAUUGCCGACCACUGCUACUCUAACUUCCCUGAUGCAUACAUGGCCCUCCCCCGCCCUCCUUUUGGCAAAUCUGACCAUGACUCCAUCUGUUGCUCCCCUCCUACAGGCAGAAACUAAAACAGGAAACGCUCGUGCUUAGAUCUAUCCAACUCUGGUCUGACCAAUCAGAUUCCACACUUCAAGAUUGCUUCGAUCACGUGGAUCAUAUGUUCCGGGGAGCCUCAGACAAUAACAUUGACGUACGUAUAUGCUGACUCGGCGAACGAGUUUAUGAGGAAGUGUAUAGGAGAUGUUGUUCCAACCGUGACUAUUAAAACUUUCCCUAACAGACACCAUGGAUUGAUGGCAGCAUUCGCGAAAACUGAAAGCACGUACCACCACAUGGGCUCUCCUUUUCCGUGGCCGACGUGAGUAAAACACUUAAAUCUGUUAAACCUCACAAUGCUGCCAGCCCAGAAAGCUAAGGUAACUGAACUAAAUGACUAUUGCUCCGUAAGCACUCACUUCCUUCAUCAUGAAGUGCUUUGAGAGACUAGUCAAGGCUCAUAUCACCUCCACCAUACCUGUUACCCUAGACCCACUCCAAUUUGCUUACCGCCCCAAUAGGUCCACAGACGAUGCAAUCACCAUCACUCUGCACACUGCCCUAUCCCAUCUGGACAAGAGGAAUACCUAUGUAAGAAUGCUGUUCAUUGACUAUAGCUCAGCAUUCAACACCAUAGUGCCCUCAAAACUCAUCAUUAAGCUUGAGACCCUGGGUCUCGACCCCACCCUGUGCAACUGGAUCCUGGACUUCCUGAAUGGCUGCCCCCAGGUGGCAAGGGUAGGUAACAACACACCCGCCAAGCUGAUCCUCAACACAUAGGCCCCUAAGGGUGCGUGCUCAGUCCCCUCCUGUACCCCCUGUUCACUCAUGACUGCACGGCCAGGCACGACUCCAACACCAUCAUUAAGUUUGCCGAUGACACAACACCGACAACGACGAGACAGCCUAUAAGGAGUAUAGGGAGGAGGUCAGAGACCUGGCCAUGUGUUGCCAGAACAACAACCUCUCCUUCAACAUGCUCAAGACAAAGGAGAUGAUUGUGGACCAUAGGAAAAAGAGGACAGGGCACGCCCCCAUUCUCAUUGACGGGGCUGCAGUGGAACAAGUUGAGAGCUUCAAGUUCCUUGGUGUCCACAUCACCAACAAACUAACAUGGUCCAAGCACACCAAGACAGUCAUAUAGAGGGCACGACAAAACCUAUGCCCCCUCAGGAGAUUGAAAAGAUUUGUCGUGGGUCCUCAGAUCCUCAAAAGGUUCUACAGCUGCACCAUCGAGUGCAUCCUGACCAGUUGCAUCACUGCCUAGUAUGGCAACUGCUCGGCCUCCGACCACAAGGCACUACAGAGGGUAGUGCGAACGACCCAGUACAUCACUGGGGCCAACCUUCCUGCCAUCCAGGACCUCUAUACCAGGCGGUGUCAGAGGAAGGCCCAACAAAUUGUCAAAGACUCCAGCCACCCUAGUCAUAGACUGUUUUCUCUGCUACCGCAUGGCAAGCGGUACCGGAGCGCCAUGUCUGGUGCAAGAGGCUUCUAAACAGCUUCUACCCCCAAGCCAUAAGACUCCUGAGUACCUAAUCAAAUGGCUACCCAGACUAUUUGCAUUGCACCCCCUCUUUUACACUGCUGCUACUCUCUGUUGUUAUCAUCUAAGCAUAGUCACUUUAAUAACUUUACCCACAUGUACAUAUUACCUCAACUAACCAGUAACCCGCACAUUGACUCUGCACCGGUAUAUGGUCUCGCUAUUUUUAUUUUACUGCUGCUUUUUAAUUACUUGUUACUUUGAUUUCUUAUUCUUAUUCGUGCACGUUCAAAUAUAUUUUUGCCAAAUUAUUCGAUCCCCUAAUAACGCACUGCAAAAAUGAACUUGGACCAGAAUGUACUCGCUCUCCCAACUAAUUAUUGUUUCUGCAAUGAGGAUUCACCCUCUUAGAGAAUUAACUUAUCUGCAGAUACUCGUUGUUUUGAGCUAAAAAAGCAGUAGUAGCAGUGUGCAAAUCAGGGACCCUAAUGAACGGCUCUGUCACCGAUGCGAUAUGAUUCCCGACACGUUCGCCAAAAAUAACAGUUUGUUAGCGAACAAAAGGAAUCAGACAGAAGGCUCAUGCUGUCAAAAUGUCGACGCCCAGAGAAGACACUUUCCGGGGCAGGAAAUCUGUGCUUGAAUCCGAAAGCAAGUGACUCCUGAGACUCCUGUGAUAAUGUAUGGAAAAUAGUGAAAUCAAAGAAUGGAACAAAAUGAGCAAAAUUUGUAGUAGAAGACAAGGACCGGUCCAAUAGUGCAUUUCUUAUAGGGUAGAGUUUUUUGGACAAGGAUAUUCAUUUGGGAAAUCCAUUUGUAAUAUUGAGGACUGUGAAGAAACAGUGGGAAAGGUGGAUUCAAUCAAGGUGACUAGAAGCAGCCUUCUUUGGGUUAAUUGUGUUGAUGAAGAACAGAAGAAGCAUGCACUGGAUCUGUCAAAAUUGUCCACGUCAGAAGUAACAUGUAUUGAUCUUCGGAGCAGGGCGCCUGCCAAAGGAGUUAUAGCUGGAGUCUCAUUGGAUAUAGAUGAGUACCUUAGUCAGAAAAUCCCAGGAGUGGUCAGUGCACGUUGCCUGACCCGCAUGGUAAAUGGAAGGAAGGAGAAAAGCCUGGCGAUAUUAUUGUUUGAAGAGAAUCUACCUGAAUAUGUGAAGCUUGGUUAUGUGAGGUAAGCGCUGAGAGCAUUUGUGUCCAAACCAUUACACUGUGGAAAUUGUAAAGGAUAUGGUCGCGUGUCAAAUGUUUGCAGACGGGCGAAGUAUGAUAUUGAAUAAUCUAUGAAUGGAAAAUGUUGCAACUGUGGUGGGGAUCAUGUCAGGGUGAAGGAGGUCAAGGAUCAAGGCUGCGCAGCAGAUCUCCUAUGUGGAGGCGGUGAAGAGAGUCAAAGGGGCAAUAGGCAACAGUUUUGAAGAUAUAGCAGUGGAUGCAUUGCAACCAGUUGCUAGUGUUUUAAGUCAAUCGGGUGAUCUGGAUACACUCAUUGUGAAGAAGGUAGAUUUUGAGGCAUUUAUAGCCACAGUGAUUAAUUGUACCGCUCAAGUGUCUAAGAAGUCAAAUAAGCUGAAUUAUAUCAUUAUAUCAUUAUAUCCUAUACGUUUUUGGGGCUCCAAGACUUCACGGCAGAAGCACUACUGUCCCGCCCUCACAGGAGGCUUCUGAGCCUGUGUUGGGACCUGAUUUAGAAUGAGGUUUUUACAGAAAAGCAGGUUGAUUUUGUUUAGUUAAUAAAUUUUUUGUUCAUUUUUAUAUGUUAUUUGUACCCAAAUGUUUUCCUCUUUUGUAUCUUUAUUAUCCAUAGGUGGCGAAAUGCACAUUUAAUUGUUGCCAACACCAUUAUACCAUAGAAGAAGAAGAUGACGACGACACUUUCCGAGCAAGAAGCCUAAACGAGAUGGCAAGCCCAGACAGAAGGAUCAUCUUGAGCAGAUUCCCUUCCGCCUUCGAGAGAUUAUGAAAAGCAAGGAGAGGAUGAAGAUGGGGCCCAGCAAGGCCAAGAAGAUGAGGAAAGCUGACGCCAUCGCCCUUGCUCCCAAACCCAAGCCAGGGGAUGCUACAAUCGUAGAUAUCCCUGUUCCACACUUCCGUAGAAAGAAGAGGGAGAGUGAGAAGACGUACCUGCGAAGGAUGGGCAAUGAGGCGCAGCACGUCCUCUUCCUCACCAAGAACCAGAUAGAGAGACGGCCGGAGAGGGAGCUAGAGGAGCAGGAGAAACCUGCUGGCACCGGGAAAUGCAAGUCUGACAAGAAGAAAGAAUAUGAUAAAAGCCGGCUGGACAGGCUACAUAAAAAGAAACUGGACAGGCGGGAAGAGAAGGCAGAAAACGACAUGUUCAUAGAUGAAGUUGCCUUCGGAGAAGUUGCCAUGGCACCGCCGACUCUGAGUAUCAAGCCCAGGAAGGCACUGAUCAAGCCCCAGGGUGUGUGUAAGGGUCUCCUGCUGAACUCUCUGCUGGGCCAGACCCAGUUCUCCACAGCCAAGCCAUCCAUGGCCAGGCAGAGGAUGAUGGAGGAGGAGAGGCAGCGGGUGGUGCAAGCCUACCGCCACCUGAAGAAACAGAAGCAGCAUCGGCAAGAGGCCAAAGCAACUGGGAUAGAGAAGCUGAAGAACCUCCAGUGAGACUCCAGUGGUCCCAUUCUCUGCCUUGCUCCCUCCCCCAAGGUGUGCACUUCUCACUUACACUGUCCAAAUACAGUGAUGCAAUUUUUUUAUGUGGCUCUAUACUCCAGCUAUUUUUAUUCGAGAGCAGGUGACAGUAUUCCAAUAUUCCUUGUACACAAUGACUACUACAUUGUGACUCUACAAACUUGUUGGAUGCAUUUACAGACUGUUCUGGUGUUUUCAGAUUACACGUUGUCCAAUAGGAAGUGAUUGGUGAAUAAUGUAUUUUGUUUGACUCACUUUUAUUGCAAGAAUAGAUUACAUUUGUGAACACUUCUACAUUCAUGUGGAUGCUACCAUGAUUAUACCAUGAUUAGGAAUGAAUGAUGAGGGUCAAAGAUCAUACCCCCCAAAAAUGUUUGUCACCCAUUAUUGGGAAUGCUGAGUUUGACAUGCUUUGUUUUAGCCUCUAACUUUCUCACUCAUCAUUAUUCAUGAUUGUUGUUUUUUCUUAAUCGUGGCAUUAUCAGGAUUGAUUUAGAAGUGUUCAGAAACAUCUUAUCUACUCACUUAGUCAUUUUAUUUUCUAUUUUCAGUAAAUCAGAUCAAUAUGAAAGUACCCUCACAUUAGAGGUGAUGUUCUGUACUUUCACCUGAUACAAACAUUUUCUCAAAUCCAAAAUGCUGGAGUAUAGAGACAAAUUUUAAAUUGUGUGGACUGGUGUAAGACAUAUGGUGGAAAGUCUGUAAACCCCUGUAGCCUGUGCUUAAAUCAAUGUUUUUUUAAUUAAAUGGAGGUGAGUGAGCAAGUGCACAUUUCAGGGUGAAUGAUGGGGAAUUUGGCUGCAUUGAAGAUGAAGCACCAAAUCUAAGUGGAACCACAUGGAGGGGACAAGGGUUAGCUCAUCUGAUCACCAAGCAGUUCAUAUUCCUUUCCCAAUCUGCAGUGAGUUUUUGUGGACACUGGGAUGGAUUCUGACUGGUAUUGAAAGGACCAGACCACCUCUGCACAUAUGGACUGUUUCUCCUUGAAUAAGUAGCUUUCCUUCCUACCUACCUGCAGGCCUUGCCAUUUAUGUCAGGUACUUCUGACUAUCAGUGCCACUGUUUUCUGUAUUAACUAUCUUCUCUUGUGGCAAUGCAUGACUGCUUUGACAUGGACUAAAUUAUGACUCUUUGGGGACUUUAAAACCUCUAACUUUUCCAUGCAGUUUGGAUGGAAUGAACUACAUACAGUGCCUUCAGAAAGUAUUCAGAUCCCUUGACUUUUUCCAUAUUUUCUUACGUUGGAGUUUUUCUAAAAUGGAUUAAAUUGUUUUUUCUCUCA